AAAACUUUCCUUUUUAAUGGGAAAUUUCUCAGGUAUGUCUUUACUUGCUGUGUAGCUGCCGAUGAACCAACUUGCAGAAAUACCUUAUUUUUUAAAAUCCAGGUACAAAAUGAUUUUUCUGCAAUUAAUUGUCUUUUCACCAGCACUGAUAAGUCUUUUGAGAGCUCAGGAGACUUGUGAAAGUGGUUCGUGUCAUCCUACAAUUGGGGAUCUUCUAUUGGGAAGAAGUAACCAACUCACGGCUUCUUCAACUUGUGGACUUGAUGAACCUCAGAAGUACUGCAUCAUUAGCUACCUGGAGGAUGAUCAGAAAUGUUUUGCGUGUGAUUCCCGAUAUCCAUAUGAUGAUUAUACCCAACCCGAUAGCCAUCUAGUUGAAAACAUCAUCACGUCUUUUGAACCAGAUUGGAGAAGGAAGUGGUGGCAAUCAGAAAAUGGUGUUGACUAUGUCAGUAUUAAAUUGGACCUUGAAACAUUGUUUCAGUUCAGCCACCUCGUAAUAACUUUCAAGACAUUCCGGCCUGCUGCCAUGUUAGUUGAGCGAUCAAGGGAUUUUGGAAAAACAUGGAAAGUUUUUAAAUACUUUGCCCAGAACUGUGCUUCAGCUUUUCCUGAUAUAAAAUCAGGCCCUGCAAGUGAUGUUGGAGAUAUUGUCUGUGAUUCUAAAUACUCUGAUAUAGAGCCAUCCACAGAAGGAGAGGUUGUUUUGAAGGCACUGGAUCCCAGUUUUGUCAUUGAAGAUCCAUAUGAUCCAUACAUCCAAGAUCUUAUUACUAUAACUAACCUGAGAAUUAAUUUCACAAAACUUCACACACUUGGUGACACAAUGAACAAAUGGCAAAGUGAACCGCAAGAAAAAUAUUACUAUGCAAUUUAUGAAAUGGUUUUAAGAGGAAACUGCUUCUGUAACGGCCAUGCCAGCCAAUGUCUUCCAGUGGACAUGACAAAUGAUGCUCUCACUGAGCCUGGGAUGGUUCAUGGUAGAUGUAUCUGUCAGCAUAACACUGAUGGUCUAAACUGUGAAAAAUGCAAAGAAUUUUAUAACGAUGCACCAUGGAAACCAGCAGUUGGCUCCGAAGAAAAUGCCUGCAGGAAGUGCAAUUGUAAUAAUCAUUCUGACAAGUGCCAUUUUGAUAUGGAAGUGUUCCUGGUCAAUGAUGAGGAAAGUGGAGGUGUAUGUGAAGACUGUCAACAUAGCACAAUGGGCAAUCAGUGUGAACUGUGUAAACCAUACUUUUAUCAUGAUCCUCUCCGAGAUAUUUCUGAUCCAUUAACUUGCAUACCUUGUGACUGUGACCCAGAUGGAACACAGAAUAAUGGCUUAUGUGACAGCAACAAUGAUCGAAGACUUGGAACUAUUGCUGGUGCAUGUUUAUGCAAAAAAAAUGUGGAAGGGCUCCGCUGCGACCAAUGCAAACCUGGAUAUUAUGGCCUGACUGCCAAUGAUCUCUGGGGAUGUCAGUACUGUAACUGCAAUCCAAUAGGAAGUUUGCCAAACUCAGUAUGUGACCCUGUUAUUGGAAAGUGCUACUGUCAGAACUUUACAACAGGCCGAUAUUGUGAAGAAUGCCAACCUGGUUACUGGGGACUUGGAAACAGCCUUUACCCUUGCUCUUCAUGUAACUGCGAUAUAGGAGGAGCACGCAGUCAUUUAUGCUCUCUGGCACAUGGUCAGUGCGACUGUCUUCCUAACAUCAUUGGUCGUCAGUGUAAUCAGGCUGCACCUGGACAUUUCUUCAUACCACUGGAUUAUUACAUAUAUGAAGCAGAAAAUGCCCAGCCACUGUCAACCUCUCAGCCUUUUGUCAGUCCAUCUCCUUUACCGAAGUGCAAAGAUUACUUUCUCCAACAAGGCAUAGAUUUUAGAUUUGAAAAUGGCAGAAUAAUACUUAAGAAGAUGAGAAAAAGAAGCGUAAGAGAAAAACAUAUUCUAAGAGAAAAACGUCAGACACAGGAGAUUAUACCAUUUGGUAAAAAUAGUGUUGUGGAGCUAGUGCUACGGCAACCUACUCCUGAUGUUCCAGUGACGUGGACUGGACCUGGAUUUGCACGCGUUCUGAAUGGAGCUGGCCUGAGAUUUACUGUAGACAAUAUUCCCUUCCCAAUGGACUUUGUACUCGCCAUUCGUUAUGAACCUGAGACUUUGGAAGACUGGUCAGCAAAAAUUGUUAUAAAUCUUCCUGAAGGCGAAGUGAGCAAGCGAUGUAAAAAUAAGAUGCUUCGCAAUGACAGCUAUUCCUUGCACCUCAACGCCACAUCCAGGUUGGCAUUGCUAAAUACUUCUAUCUGCUUGGAUCCAGACACCAACUAUCUAAUAGAUGUUUAUUUUACUCAACUAUCAAACCUUGAUUCAAGGGACAAACUGUAUAUACUCAUUGAUUCCCUUGGGCUGAUUCCAAAACUUGCUUCAGUAAAAAAUCUGUGCAAUCAACAAGAAGUAGAAGAAUUCCAGCAUUAUAACUGUAUUGAAAUUGCUUCUGAAGUUGGGAUAGAAAUCCUUCCAGACGUGUGUGAGAGGCUCAUUGUAAGCAUGUCUGCCCGCAUGCAUAAUGGAGCUGUUAAAUGUACAUGCAACGUAGAUGGAUCUCUAAGCACUAACUGUACUAAAUUUGGAGGUCGAUGUGAAUGCAAACCCAAUGUCGUUGGACGUUGUUGUGAUAAGUGUGUUGUGGGCAGUUAUGGAUUCAGUCCUAAUGGUUGUAAAGCAUGUGAUUGUAAUUGCCAAGGUGCAAUGAGCAAUUUAUGUGACCAAGUGACAGGGCAGUGUGCUUGCCGUAGUGACAUACAGGGUCGUCGCUGUGACAGCUGCACACCUGGAUUCUAUGGGUUUCCCAAAUGUAAACCUUGCCAAUGCAAUGGGAAUUCAAAGAGAUGUGACCCAGUAACUGGAGCUUGUCUAGAAUGUAGUGGAUUUACAAAUGGAACCAACUGUGAAAGAUGUAUUGAUAAUUACUAUGGAAACCCAGUUUCUGGACAACCUUGUAAACCAUGUAUGUGUCCAGACUCUCCAACAAGCAACCAAUAUUUUGCACAUUCCUGUCACCAAGAUCCUGAUAGCUUGGAAGUUGUCUGCGAUUGUCUUGAAGGUUACACAGGUUCCAACUGUAAAGAAUGUCCUGCUGGGUUUUACGGAGAUUUGGAGAACGGGGAAGAAAAGUGUGUACCGUGCCAGUGCAACAAUAAUAUUGACCCCACGGAUCCUGAAUCUUGUGAUAAGGUCACAGGAGAGUGCUUAAAAUGUCUGCACAACACAUAUGGCGCAAAUUGUGAGUCCUGUUUACCAGAUUAUUUCGGAUCUGCUCUUCUUCAAAAUUGUCAGAAAUGUGUCUGCAACCCGAUGGGAACUCAUGUGAACUGCUCAAUUUAUGAAGAAGUUGGAGAAUGUGUUUGUGAUAAGACAACUGGACAGUGCCCAUGUUUACCAAAUGUUAUAGGAACAAGCUGUGAUAAAUGUGCGCCAGGAUACUGGGCCUUUGCCAGCGGAAAAGGAUGUCAACCCUGUGACUGUAACUUAAACAAUUCCUAUGGAAACCAAUGUAAUCAGUUUACAGGACAAUGUUUAUGUAAACCACAAUACAAUGGGCGAACAUGUGACCAGUGUAAUGAAAAUUACUAUGGAGAUGCAAAGAUUUAA